AUGCUUAAGCGCCAGCAAGACGGCCACAAGAUCACUGUAAAUUUGCACAAACUCGAACUUUGCAAAGGCAUCCCCGAGGUGCUCGAGGCGAUGGAGUAUCUGCUCCCAGACUACGGUGGAAAAGUCGUGCUAUAUGCUACUGUGGGUGAUGCCGGACGCACAGCAUCAUUACAGUACCGAAUGCAUAGUCGUCAGACUAACGAGCUUGUUGGUUGGCGUGGUCAUGUGUCGAAUCAAGAAGUAUGUGACGAUUUGGCCGUAGCGGCUAAACAAAGACCGAGCUAUAAGCCUUAUCCUGGAGGCAGCAACUGCUACACGUGCACGGCAGGCAUAAAAUUAGUCGCGCACAGUAUUACCUGGAUGAUCCUGAUGAAAUUUUGCGCGUGCUAA